CUUUUCACUUCCCCCUUCCCAGGCCCUCGCUCCUGACCUUCUCUUCCUCGCGGCGGAGGUACCUACAGCUGCGGCCGCCUCAAUCCCGCCCCUCCUCUCGCCUCUCGGGGGACGCGCGCCGCCGCCGCCGCCAUCGCCGUUCACUUUCUUCUUUUCCCCCCGGGACAUCCUGCAGCUGUCUCCACCGGUCCCAGUCUCUCGCCAUUGGGCUCCUUCCUUCCUUCGAGGAUAUUCAGAGCACGACAGAGCUGCAGAUGUCACCCCAAGGUACCAAUGAAGUGCAAAGUAACCAACUAAACACAAUGGCCACUGAUGCUCCUGCAGGAGAUCCUAGUUCUUUGACAGUCGCUAGUAAUGAUAAUAGAAAAGUCUCCCGCGAAGACAUUGAACUUGUCCAGAAUUUAAUAGAGCGCUGUCUGCAGCUAUACAUGACCAAAGGAGAGGUUGUUAGGACACUUUCUGCUCGUGCGAGAAUAGAACCUGGCUUCACAACUUUAGUAUGGCAGAAACUUGAAGAAGAGAACCCUGAAUUCUUUCGGGCUUACUAUAUAAGAUUGAAACUGAAAAGACAGAUUAUCUUGUUCAACCAUUUGUUGCAGCACCAGUGUAAUUUGAUGAAAUAUCCAGCACAUCCGAACGUUCCACUGGCUCCAAUGCAAAAUGGGAUGCAUCCUAUGCCAGUUAACAAUCUACCGAUGGGGUAUCCAGUACUUCAGCAACCUCUGAUGCCUGCUCCCGGCCAGCCUCACAUUGAUCCGAUGGUUUGUGGUCUAUCCAGCGGUCAUGUGGUGAAUGGGAUCCCUGCACCAGGUGGCUAUCAACCAAUUCGCAUGAACUCCGGAAACGACAUGGUUGUUGACAACGGUGCACCUGAAGUUGCACAUAAUGGUGCCAUGUCAUCUGAGAUGGCUGUGAGUCCCUCAUCGGCAGCAUCAAGCAACCAUGCUCCUUUCACUCCGUCGGAAAUACCAGGGAUGGCCAUGGAUACAUCGAUGCUAGAUUCAGCAUUUGGAUCUGACAUAGGGAACACAGAACCUCUGCAAUUAGGGCCAGAUGGGUCGUCAAGGGAUUCCAUCCGAUCCUUGGGGCAGCUCUGGAAUUUCAGCCUCUCUGAUCUUACAGCUGAUUUGACAAGUUUAGGAGAUUUGGAGGCUCUUGAGAACUACGAAGGUACCCCUUUCCUGCCCUCGGACUCGGACCUCUUACUUGAUUCCCCAGACCAUAAUGAUGACAUAGUUGAGUACUUCGCCGACGCCAUCAAUGGGACUCAGUCAGACGAAGAGAAGUCAUAGAGAAGAUGACAGACUCAAAUAGUCUCAUUCAGACUGGGACCUGGCCAGAGUGUCAUCUCAUGUAGUGUAAUCUUGUAGCUGCGCGCAAAUCAGACUGGGCAUUCACCCAGAGGUGCGGUGAUUGGCGCGCGCUACUGAAGAAUUUUGAAGCGUUUGAUGCUAAUUAUUUGGAAUAAUCGGUUCAGGCAGCCUUCACUGGAUAAAGUUGUUGCCCACAAGGCUGAAAAGUUUAGAAAAUUGUGUCAAACCUCAGGAAACAACCCCUUUGUAAUUGCUGAAGAAGUGGACAGUUCAUCGUGUAUUGCACCAUUCAUUGUCUCCCCGUGCCUGUUCCAUUUUUCCUUUUCCUGAGGGUACGCAGUGCAUCAAAUUAAAGAGUUUACAAGGUGUA